CGGUCUUGAAAGAACGUUUUAUUAAUAGGAGAAACAUGAUUGGCAAAUUCAUUUUUGUAUCGUUAUGCCUAACUGUAUUCGUGCAACUGCUGCCCAGCGGUUCAUCUCCACGCAAAGAACAAAUUCCUGCUGUCGGACAAAAGUUGUUUGGACUCGGAUGUCAUAAUGAGAAAAAAAGAAUCGAUCAACUAAUUGGAACUAUCGAUGCCUUAAAAAAGGUCCCGGCCAAAGACACUAUUGCUGAUAUGGAAAAUGCUCUUCGUAGAGAAAGAGCAAAAAAUCAAGAGCUUCAAGUUUUGGUAGAGAAAUUAACUAAAAACUUGGAAUUAUGCGACGACAAACGUAAAAUGUUUAAUAACUACGUGCUGGAUUCUUUUUUACGAAAUUCGCCUUAUUCUGGAGUAGAAAAUUACACCCGGUACGCAGUGGCUCGAUUAGGGAUGUUGCCAAUCAAAAAUGCGAAACCUUUGAUACCCAAAUUCGGAACAGUCAUCAACGACGUUCUUUCUUUUCGAUAUCCCAUCAACAUUCCGUCGUGUCCAGCAGCAGAAAUAACAAAUAACACUUGGUCGAACCCAAGUGUUUUCAUAGCGAUUAUAUCGGCUCCGGAACAUUUCAAAGAGAGAAAUGACAUCAGAGAAACGUGGCUGAUUCACCUCAAAAGUGCCCUGGAAAAAAAUCUGCUGGGCAUUAGCACCCGAUUCGGUUUCUUUCUCGGUCAGACUCGAAACGAUUCGAUUCAAAAGCGAAUCGAAGAAGAGAAUCAGAAACACGGGGACAUCGUCCAAAUCGAAAUGGACGAUUCGUACCGCAAUUUGACGCUGAAAGGCAUCGCCGUGCUCAACUGGGUGCGGCAACAAUGCGCCAAGGUCGACCUCGUUUUCAAAGUGGACGACGACGUCUACGUCAACGUGCACAAUCUCGUUCAUUUCGUCCGGUCCAAUUAUCAAUUGAACAACAGUUUGUUCGGCUACGGCAAUUUCGGCUUCUACCCAAUCAGGAUGCCGGGAUACCCGGAGGACUACGCCAAAUGGGACAUGACUUUCGAACAGUAUCCGUGGAGUCAUUAUCCCAAUUACGUCAACGGUCCGGCCUAUUUCAUGCACUCAAGCGUCGUUAUUCCGUUAUUGGCUGCCAGUCAGACCACUCCUUUGAUCCCGUUCGAGGACGUUUUCCUAACCGGAAUGUGCACGGAAAAAGCCGGUGUCAAGAUGCGAUAUUCCGCAGGCACUCACAGUGUCUUUUAUCGUCCUCUGCCAACCGUUCCGCCGCCGUGUGAUUUGCGAAAAUUCGUCGGGUGGCCGACCGACAAUCAAUUCGUCACCCACUCGGCCGUCGACGAUUUUUAUCGGAACAAGACCCAGUGCGUCGUCACCGAAUCGGACGGAACCAAAAAGACAAUCGACUUCACCGCCCCCGUUGUCUUCAAGUUCACUUAGUCUGUUAGACAAGACAAUGAAGACAAGAUUAAAUCCCUUUUGGAAAUAACGCUGAAAAAUCGACAUACAUUGGCCUAAUUUAUUAGCAACAACAAUUCGCGCGCUUAAUUUCAACUAACAUUAUUAAUCAUUUGUCAUGUACAAGAGAACACUAAUAAUAAAAUAGACUUGCUUUAU